AUGAAAUGGAAUUGUCAAUUCAUUGAACAAUUACGUGAAUUCAUUAAUCAAAUUUAUAUUCUAUUAACAUUUAUCUCAUUUAUUAUUAUUACAUAUUUAUAUGUAAGAAUAUUUAGAACAGUUAGAGAGAAUGAUUUACGAAAACAACGAUGGUUAACUACUAUUCAUCAUAAUACAAAUUAUACAUCAAUAAAGUUGUUGAAUAAAUCCAAUUCAUUUUUACAAUCAUCUAUCUAUAAUAAUAAUGAAAUAGAACCAAUAUUAAAGGUAACAAAUGAACAUGACACCAAAAUACAUCAUUGUGAUACAACACAAUCUAGAAGAUAUGGAUUAUCAUUUAGAUUAAUGAAACAAUUAAGUUGUGAUCAAGUGAUUACAAAACAACCACAACCACAACAACAACAACAACAACAACAACAACAACAGCAACAACAACAAGAACCACUAUCACCAUCACCAGCACAACAACAAGAACAAUGUUAUCAUCAACAUGAAUUAGAGACAACUAUACAAUGGAAUAUAUUAAAAAGACGUAUUCUAUUAAAAACACCAUCUAUAUCAACAUUAUUUGAACAUUCAAAAGCUAAAGAAGAAUCUAAUAAAUCUAUGAUAUCAAAACAUAAUAAUCAAUCUAUUGGAACAACAACAACAACAACAACGACAACAACAACAACAAUAUCGUCUCCAAUAUCUCCAUUAUCUGUAAAUCGUUUAUUAUCUAAACGUGUAACACGUAGUCAUCGUACAGGUUUAAUGAUAUUUAUUUCUACUGUAAUAUUUUAUGCUACAUUAUUUCCUGUUUUAUGGGUACAUUUUAAAUUUUGGUGGAAAUAUACCAUCAGCGCCACCCCUACCACCACUAUCCCUACCGUCGCCAUGACCACUACCAUCAUGAAUUACUCUACGAAUCAAUUACAUAAUAGAACAAAAUUUAUUCUUAAUAAUCAAGAGAAUGAUGGAAGUUUUAUGACAACUGUACAUCAUGAAUUUUAUUAUGUUAAUAAUGCUGUGAAUUUUUUUAUUUAUUCAUUAUUUAAUCAAAGUUUUCGUGAAAGAUUAAAACGUUUACUUGCAAAAUAUUGAAUAUUGAAUAAGGAUUAAAACAAAAUUAAUGAAGGAUUAUUAUUGUGUUUUAUAUAUUGACAUAUUGAAAAGAAGCAAACAAACGAACAAACAAAUCAUUCAAUCAUUUUUGGUUAGUUCAUUUUUCUUCUUCUUCUUCUUCUUCUUCUCU